GCUUCCGUAUGAUGUCGUGGCGUUCUGUCCAAAGGCAACACGUUAGCACAACAAGAGAGAAAAAUCGCAGCAAACAGGAUAUUGUCGACAAUUUAAUCACAUUAGACAGUAAUCUCGCCAUUACACAUAUUCGCUAUAUUUUCCAGGAAUCAAAAUGAGGCGCGCAGGUUUGGGUGAUGGGGCCCAAGGGGGAAGUUAUGUCGCAAGUGGGUACAGUGUCUACGAAGAAGAAAAUGAACACCUACAGGAAGGGUUAAGAGCGAAGGUCACUGCUUUGAAACACCUUUCCAUUGAUAUCGGAACAGAGGUGAAAAACCAAAAUAAAAUGCUGCAGAAUAUGGACACGGAUUUUGAUUCGACCGGCGGCCUGCUGGGAGCAACCAUGGGAAGGCUGAAGCUGCUCUCUCGGGGCAGCCAAACAAGGAUCUUCUGCUACAUGCUGCUGUUCGCCCUGUUCGUCUUCUUCGUUCUCUAUUGGGUGAUCAGGCUGAGGUGAUGGAGCCCGUCUCCCGGACGCACGCCGUGUUCUUCCGGACCACAGACUCAGGACAAUGCAAGUGCCGUUCUCCGAUUGGAUACAAGUCCCCGACCCACCGAUACCGGCAAGGACGUGCAAUACAGACGCAGAACGUCAUAAUCAAGUCGAGAAUGAGUUGACCCUGCCGUGGAUCACUUCUAAUGCCAAUCACAUGCUUUUUCCCCCGUGUAAUCAGUUCCAGUGUUUUCUGGAUGCUAUGAGAGUCGGCCGAAAAAGUGCUUUCUGCUCAUUGUUAGAAAUGUUUACAUUUGUAGCAUUUGUUCAGGAUGUUGUCUGCAUGCAAGCGGUUUAAAUGUUUUAAGUUGCAUUAAGUAGAUCAAACAAAAUCAUUACAA